AUGAAACUGAACAUCUGCGAGGAUUAUCUGAAGGAGAAUGGUUGCAACAAGAAGCGAUGCCAAUCCCUUCAUAUUUGCCCGAAAUUCUUGUUUGAUCUUUGUGAUGAUGACAUGUGUGAUGCCGGUCACGACUUAUCAACAAAUCAGAACCUUCGAGUCCUCAAGGAUUUUCACGUGGAGGACAACGAUGUCGAAGACGUGAAAAAACUGUUGAAAAGGGGUACAGUGGUCCCUGACCUAUGCCAGGACUUCAAUCUUGGAGAAUGUUGCAAUCAUGCAUGCAACAGACUGCAUCUCUGUGCUGAUUACGUCAUGGGAGCUUGCCGAAAAUGUAAUAUAAAUCACAAUCCUUUGAAUAAUCAGUGUAAAAGAGUGUUAAAGAAAGCCAAUAUCAAACUGCAACAAACUCCAAAGGACCUCAAAUUACUCUUAAAGAAGAGAUGUGACAACUUGAAAUACAUCGUGACACUGAAAGCAUUGCAAAGGGAGAGUGAAAAGGAGGAUGACAGUGAUGAAAACGAAGAAAGAAGACUUAAAGAAAUUUCGAGGGAAAAGGAGGAUGACAGUGAUGAAAACGAAGAAAGAAGACCUAAAGAAAUUUCCAGGAAAAAGGGAGCGAAAUUAGAAUUAUCGAGAUCGGCAUCCCCGGGUUGCAACUUCAACGAAGAUUCUCCAGUCCAAACCAACUCGAAGCCAAAAAAAGGUUUGGGAAGAGGGAACCAAGAGUUUCGUCUGGCUGAAAAAAUGAAGAAGUAUUGCGACACAAAAGAUGGAUAUAUAUACGAAGUAAAACCAAAGAGAACGAAAGAAGACUCUCGGAAUCUCGUGCGAAAACUGGAGAUUAGUGAUAACAUAAUAAGUGAUGAAGCAGAAAGGGUGCUCAUGAUUGUCGGAGCCACAGGAGCAGGAAAGAGCACGCUCAUCAAUGGAAUCGUGAAUUAUGCUUACGGAGUGGAGUGGGACGACAAUUUCCGCUUCAAAGUGAUACGUGAAGAAGGAAACGAGAAGUUCGAAGCCCAGAGUCAAACCAAGUGGAUCUCUGCAUACGUCAUACCCAAGCAGCAAGGAAUCGCCAUUCCCUACACCCUGACCGUCAUCGAUACGCCUGGGUUUGGUGACACUGCAGGAAUAAAAAAGGACGGUGAGUUGAAGAAUCAGAUCCGGGAGUUCUUCUCGUGCAGCGGACAAGUCGGGGUGGAUCACCUUGAUGGAAUUGGCUUUGUAGUCCAGGCCUCCCAAGCCAGGCUUACACCCUCACAAAAGUAUGUUUUUGACUGUGUACUAUCCCUGUUCGGGAACGAUGUCAAAGACAGCAUUUUCCUGUUGGCCACUUUUGCUGACAACCAGACCCCACCAGUAUUGACCGCCGUCAAGGAAGCAAGCAUUCCAUGUCAAAAAGUAUUUAAAUUUAACAACUCCGCUCUCUUCGCGAAAGUUAGAGAUGACGAGCUAUUGAAGGAAUUUGAUCAAGCCUACUGGAAAAUGGGCAUGCAAAGCUUUCAGGAGUUCUUCCAGGAAUUUAAAAGCGCCACACCCGUGAGCAUAACACUGACGAAAGAAGUUUUGCAUAAGCGGCGACGAUUAGAAGAAGCACUCCAUGACAUCAAGUUAAAACUUGAUGCAGCUCUGGACAGGCUUGAGUUGCUGAGGGAAGCAUGUGCAACAAGACAACCUGGAUUGAAGAAACUACGAAAAUGUCCGAGCCCGCAAUCCUCUGAAAAAGAAGAGGAAGAAGAAGCACCUAUUCCUUGGUCGAGAUUGAAACGUAAGAAUCCCACUUCCCCGCCAGAAGAGAAACGUUUACUAAAGAAAUUGACAAGAGACUUCAACAAGAAAAGAGAAAAAGUUUUCACGCUUGUUAAAGAAGCACAUGAAUGCAAGCAGAAACUUGAUGCCAUAGCAUUGAAGCCUGAUCCGUUGGGAUUCACCGAUUACAUUGACAUGUUGAUCCAUAGCGAACAAUUUGAAAACCGACCGGGUUACAUGCAGAGGAUCAAAUAUCUUGAUGAAGCACGUGCUAAAGCUGAAUUAACAAAAGGCCUCAUGGAAAACAUUAAUCCUUCUGAAGCGUAUAAGGAGCUUGAUAUUUCCGACUUUGAUCCAUCCGAUCCUACAGCAUUUGGAUCUAAAAACUUCCGCGGGAAUACUGCUGACAAUAUGACAAAGAAGGAGAGAUCAUUUGGACAACCGCGACCAGACUUGAAGCCAAAGACAGCAAUCCUCAAGACUUUGCAGGUGAAAGAGGAGACGGAUCUUAAAGCUGAACCUGUCGAAGGCAUUGAACAGGCACAAUCAGAAAACCUGAAAAACCAGCUGGAAAAACUCAGGAUUGACCUAGGAAAGAUGCAGGAGCAAAAUAACCUGCAGAAACGUGAGAUGUCGGAGUUGGAGAAUGACUUAAAGAAGGAGUCCAUCGCCCAUGCAAUCACUAGAGAUAAAUACGAAGCACUCCUAUCUCAAUUCACUAAGAUUGAAGGUGAAAAGGUAAUGCUGGAGAAGCGGCUGGAAAAUGUAUCGAAGCAUGAGGUAAAUAAAGAAAUGCCACAGACUCAGACAAAAGAAGACGCCGGCCUCGAGGAUCGCAUAAAGAAACUGGAAGAAAUGUGCAAGCGACACCAGAAGAAAAACCAAGAGAAGUUUCGUUCCUUCGAAGAACAACUAAGCAGGCAAAGCAUCCAAUUACAAGAGAUGAAGCCACGGCAUGAAAGCGAGAAAGGAAAACGUCAGCCUACAAGAAUGCAUUUUAAUGAAGAUGAUGACAAUAUAUAUGAGACAGAAGAACAACCCCAAGAAAUCCAGAAACAGACGUCUGAAAUUUCCCAACUUCAUGGUGGCAAGAAAGGCAAUAGUGUGAGUGAGGAUAUUCGUCUGGCUGUAAAGAUGAAGGAGUCCUGGAAAAAUGGAGAUGGAUUUGUGUAUGAAGUGUCACCAAAGAAUACUAAGGAAAUUUCCAAAUAUCGAUUGGCCAAGUACGAUAUUGGCGAUGGAACACCAGACGGAGUGGGAAAGGUACUCAUGCUCGUCGGAGCCACGGGAGCAGAAGUCCUCCCGUCCCUGGAUGGUUCCAAUACUUGUAAGUCACCAGUUUGUGAAUACAGCAUGUCGGGGUGCAAGAGCAUAGGAGUUUUGCAGUCAGCCAUUAGUUUCUUCGUCUAA